ACAGAAUUUGACCGUUACGAGCUGCAGAUUUAUGAAGAGGUAGCAAAGAUGCCGCCGUUUCAGAGGAAAACGCUCGUACUGAUCGGAGCCCAGGGUGUUGGUAGGCGGAGCCUGAAGAACAGACUGAUUGUCAUGAACCCACUGCGAUAUGGAACCACUGUACCCUUCACCUCACGGCCUCCGAGGGAAGAGGAAAGACACGGACAGAACUACUGCUUUGUGAGGGCGGAGAUGGAAAAGGAUAUCAAGGACAGCCGUUAUCUGGAGCACGGCGAAUACGACGGCAACCUUUAUGGCACCAAGAUAGACUCCAUCCAUGAAGUGGUGGACACGAGCCGGACCUGCAUCCUCGAUGUCAAUCCUCAGGCCCUGAAAAUGUUGAAGACUGCUGAGUUCAUGCCAUUUGGGUUUAUUGCUGCUCCUGAACUGGACACACUAAGAGCUAUGCACAAAGCCGUGGUCGACGCUGGACUGACCACCAAACUGCUCACAGAGAACGACCUAAAGAAGACCGUGGAUGAGAGUGCCAGGAUCCGCCGGGCGUACAGCCACUACUUUGACCUGACCAUUACCAACGACAAUCUGGACAAGGCCUUUGACAAACUGCAGGAGGCCGUCGAGCGAUUGUUCAUAGAGCCGCAGUGGGUACCCGUCAGCUGGGUGUACUGAUGCUCUGCUCCUGACUGGUCAGACUGAAGUGUCCCAAGAUGCUCAGCCUGGGAAGAGAUGGGGCAGCCAGAGGGAACAGGGAUCCAACAGCCUGCUGCACACAAGGACAAAGUGGGGGACAAACCAGCGAGAAUGUGGGUUCCACUCCAACCCGCAGCUGAGUCACUUUGCUCUGACGUUCCAGAUACGUUCUAGCAUACUAUGCAAAUCAAAACAAAAAAAAGUGUACUUAUUUAUUGGAAAAAUGGUUUUAAGCAAAUGGUUUUGAUUCAGGGUGACUGGAAACAACAACUUACCAUUAUGUCAGGAAGGUUUAAGAGUAAAAAAAAAAAUUUUUUUUGCUAUGUUUUUAAUUUUACAUUUGUAUGCAAGAUAGGACAAGCAUAUUUAUUCUGGAAAAAUGAGGGCUUGUUCCACAAAAGAAUAAUACCUCAGUGUUACAGUUUACAGUGUAUAUACAUCAAGUAUUACUUCACUACAUAACUGCUUGGAGAAAACAACAGGGGAGACACGUUCUCUGUUCCCUUAAGGGAAAAAUGGUUCCUUGCACAUGGAUUAGUUAAAUGAUGGAAGAGAAAAUAUCACACAGAUAUACAAGAAAAUACUAUACGAUUUAUCUAAUGCCAAUUGGGGCACCACAGGCUUGUAUUAUCAUAAGUCACUUCAUACAUUUAUGACUGUUUAGAGCCGUCACUGCCGUGCUAAGAAAUAACUUUUCCACAGGACUAACAGGGUAAAAAUAUCCCUUUUGAUGUGAUUACUAGCACCUAACCUUUAAAAAUCAUUUAAUUCAAAGGUAUAUUUUACAAUAUUCCAGACAUGUAUUUUAAGAGGUCAAAUAAACAUGUUUUGUAACGAUC